AUGGCGGGGCGCAGGGAGACCCAGCCGUGGAUGCAGCAGCCACACGCGACGUCGACCUCGCCCCUGACCCCGUCGUUCGGGUCGAUGCUCAGCGCUAAAGCCGACGAGUUCGUUCCUGGGAAGGCGUCGUCGACCCCCCAAGGCGCCUUGGAUCUGCAGGAGGUGCGUUCCCGCUUUCUCAGCGGCGGCGGGAUCGAUGCUCUGUCAACCAAGGAGGGAAUGAAGGCUCUCCGUCUACUACUGCGUGACUGCAAGCAGAAUUACGCAGCGCUGGACACCAUUGUGGAUGCUGCCGUGGAGGCCAAUGUGAUGUCAGCUGCGUAUAGCCGAAACAUUAUGAAGCUGCUGCUCGCUGCGGUCACAGACCACCCAGCUCUGCUGAAGAUGCUACUCGAGUACCUUGUUCGCUCCGAGCUGGUGCACAGAGCCCAAGGGGUGGAACUACUUCACUACUGCUUUACGUCCAUGGACUACAGACAUUGCAAGAUUUUAAUCCAGCACGGCAUCGACUCUUUGAGAACAAGAACACACCACACACGUCGUAUGUCUGAUUACUACAUUGAGUGCUUCAGGUGUGCCCAGGGCAGUGAGCUAUUAGUCUUUGAGGAGGUUGUGAUUGAGCGCGCCGUGGAUCUAGCACUUGGACAGUAUAGCAACUAUGCCAUUCAACACGUCCUCAAACACUGCGAGUAUGCGACGAAAUUGCGAAUUGUGGAGCAGUUGAUGCCAGAAGUACUCAUGCUGUGUCUAGAUGAACAUGGAGGGUAUGUGGUGCAGUCGUGCUUCAAGCAGGCUGACAAUGCACCCUUAGAUGCUGAUAUGUUGGUAAUUGUGCUGGAUACUGUGCUUGGCCUUGGAAUAGAGGAGCUAACCCAAAUGGUAACAGGCGACCAUUCUCACUGGGUCGUCCUCGAACUGCUGGGUGAAAAGAGCCAAAUUCUGAUGAAGGAAAGAGUGCGCAUACUGGCUUUGAUGAUCAGCCGACUUUCAGAGACCGUCCUGCAGCAACCGAAUGCGAGGCGCGUCAUGGCUCGACUUCCCGCGACGUCCUGAAGCAAUAGGAACUGGCGAUAUCUAGUCUCCGUUCGUUCGUGUACCUGAUGCGUUCUCACCGGAAUUUCACGAUGCUGUAGCCUUUGCACUACCGUGUUUUGUCGACUACUCCCUGACAGUACUAUCGUCCCUGUCAUGAAUAGUGCUUGGCAUACGAUCAUGAUAUAUGCAACAACAAAUAGUAGAAGUCUUCUUCUGAUGCAGCAACAGUGCCUGGCCAGCCCACCUUUUUGGUACACAAAUGUGAGACUGAUCCGGUGCCCUUAUCCUUGCAAUGAUGCACUUUUCAUGCACACAGGAUCAACCAU